AUGAACAAUUUGACUAAAGCCAUAUUGAAUGGAGAUUUUGAUGAAUCUUUAUCAUCUGAUGAUGAUAUCUUCAUGAUACAACUAUUCACAGCGCAACAACAAAGAAUACAGACGUUAAGCCUAAACCAACAAACCAGACGUGUUGGUUCCACAAGUGGUUGUCGAUACAUUAAUUGUGAGAGGGUCAAAGGCGACGAACAAAUUUAUAGAGAUUAUUUUACAGAUAAUCCUGUCUAUCCAGAAGAAUACUUCCGAAGAUGUUUUCGAAUGAGGCAGUCAUUGUUUAUUAGUAUCUUACGUGAUAUUCAACAAGUGAAUGAGUACUUCAUCCAAACCCGUGAUGCCAUUGGUGCUUCUGGAUUAUCCGAUGUACAAAAGAUGACUGCAGCACUUCGGAUCCUGCAGUACGGCGUGCCUGCUGAUGUUGUAAACGAGUACAUUAGAAUCGGCGAAAGUACUGCAAUUGCCGCCUUGAAUUUUUUUACUAGAUCAAUUGUUGCUACCUAUGAAGCCGUUUACUUAAGAUCCCCAAAUGAAGCAGAUGUCGCCAGAAUAUUCCAAGAGAGAGAGCAACGCGGGUUUCCUGGAAUAUUAGGGAGUUUGGAUUGUAUGCACUGGCGUUGGGAUAAAUGUCCAACUGCCCAAGCCGGUGCUUACACUGGACACUACAACAAACCAACAGUUGUACUCGAGGCAGUUGCCUCCUAUGACUUGUGGAUUUGUCAUGCUUUCUUUGGCAUGCCUGGCUCUCUAAAUAAUAUUACUGUUCUUGAAUAA